AUGUCCCAAUCCACCUCCAGCCAGACCACCCAGACUCCCCAUGCCGCCGCCCAAGUCGCCGGACAGUCCUCCUCCCAUGCCUCCCGCACCGCCGAACUCGCCAGUCUUAAAGUAAAGUUGCGCUCGGCUCUGCGCCAGUUCCCCGACUUCCCUUCUCCCGGAAUCCUCUUCGAAGAUAUUCUGCCCAUCUUCGCCGACCCCUCGUUGCACGAGGCCCUCCUCCGCUGCCUGGAGCUUCACAUCCUGGAGGUCCAUGCUGAUCAGAAACCCGACGUUAUCGUCGGCCUUGAGGCCCGUGGUUUCCUGUUCGGCCCUAGCCUGGCCCUGAGACUUGGCGCCAGCUUCGUCCCCGUGCGCAAGCAGGGCAAGCUCCCGGGCCCCUGCCAGACCCAGGCCUACGACAAGGAGUAUGGCCAGGACUUUUUCCAGAUGCAGUCCGAUGCCAUCAAGCCGGGCCAGAAGGUGAUCGUUGUGGACGAUAUCAUCGCGACUGGUGGCUCGGCUUAUGCGGCCGGUGCGCUGAUCAAGAACAUGGGUGGUGAUCUCCUGGACUUCAUCUUCAUCCUUGAGCUCGAGUUCUUGAAGGGCCGGGAGAAGCUUCCUGCCCCCGUUUACACCCUACUUUCCGGCCAGGAGGGCAAGAACUAA